GUUUUUUCAUUGGUUACUAUUAUUUAAUAGUCGAACAUUUUUGAUAAAGAAACCGUUUAAAUUAGCUAUAGAACUGUUCAUAUUUUACACUCCACACUACUGUACAAUUAUUGUUUUUCGUUCGAUUUUUUGUUUAUUUAAUCGGUCUUCUAUUUAAUCAUUUACAAGAAAAUAUAUCUACUACAGCUAUGGACCGCAAACCAUGUGUACUCGUUUUAGAAGACGGUACCGAAUUUGCUGGGUAUAAUUUUGGUUGUCAGGUUCUACCUGUUGAUGGCGAAGUUGGUACGUCGAUUAUUUUGUUGUAUACUAUUAUAAUAUUUAUAGCACCAUAUAUUAUUAUUUAGUAUUUCAAACGGGUAUUGUCGGUUAUCCUGAGUCCUUAACCGAUCCUUCAUAUUAUAAACAGUUGCUGGUAUUGACGUAUCCGUUGGUGGGCAAUUAUGGAGUUCCAGGAGACGAUAUCGAUAUUUACGGGAUCAAACGGUAAAUAUGAUGUUGAUACACUUAUAUGAUAACGUCCAUUGUUAUUUUUCUAUCAGCUUUUAUAGUUAAUGAGACCUUUGGUGCCUCUACCACCCUUUUCCACCUAUCUCUGUUUUUGCUGUCUUCUAUUUUUAUUCCUUUAGGCAAGAUCUGAUUUCAUACUAUGCAGUCAUCUUUGUCUAGGGCGACCUCGGGACUUUUUCAAUUCAAUAAUAAUUUGGUUUGCCAUACCUUCUAAUCUCCACUUAUGAACAGCUCAAUCUAAUCUUUUGAUUUUUAGAUAUACAUUGAUAAUAAGUUUUUUGAAUAGUUGGUAAAUUUCCUAGCUUUUGUUUUCUAUGUUUUCCAUUUUCUAUAAUAUGACUAUUUAUUUGGCAUAGUAUUCUUCUUUCAAAAAUAUUAAUUUUAUCCUCAUCUAUUUUAGUUACCACCCAGGUUUCACACCCAUAAGUCAGUAUUGGGUAGCUGUAAUCAAAGCUGUAAUGUUCAUUCUAAUUAGUUUUGAAAAAAUUCAACCAUUACUUGAUUUUGUAAACACUGAACAACCAUUCUAUAUAAUUUUAAAUCUAAAGGUAGCAUUUCUCCACAAAACUGCUAAUCCUUCAAUAUAAAAUAGUCCAAAGUAUCUAUUACAGGUUCUGUAGCGCAACCAGAUUCGAUAAUAAUAAUAAUAACAAAAUAAAAAUUAAGAAUAGAAUAUUUUCAUAUUAAAGAGUAUCGCAUGCAGUUAUAAUUAAUUAAGUAUACAACUAAUUAUUACUUUUUUUUCCUGAGAACACACUGUAUACCCAACUAAUUAAUAUUAUUACUUUAUCACAUAUUUACAAGAAAAAACGGAAUGUGAAAUAACCAAAGGAUUAAAAACAGAUUACUGGUAAAAAGGCCAAAUACUAAUAUUUAUUUUUAUUGAAGAAUAUUAAACUAAAAUUAAGGGGGACAUGAUACUAUCAAAGGUAUAAAUUAUCUUUGGUUUGAGACUUUAAAAGUUUGCAAUUUUUUAAUAAAAUCAGUCAAUAGUAAAAAUGUGAAAAUUGUAAUUAUUGUUAAACUCCAUUUAAUACUGUGCUUAGUAAGGAAAUAAAGGAUACGCAACUUUUAAUCGAAUCCUCAAAAUUGUAUAUGUUUUUAAAAACUAAGCUUUAUUAGUAUAAAUUGCCUAGUUUAAAUAUUAAAUUAUACAAUACACUCCUUCACAAUCUUAAAGAAUUUUUAAUUUUUCAUAAUUUAUUAUAAAACUUAGUGUCUUUCAUUAUUUAGCUGUAUUUUUACAUUUUAGUUUUGUACCUUUAGGUAAUUAGAAAAAUACUAAAAUUAAUAUAUAAAUCCAUUAUAAAAUAUUUAAUUGCCAAAAAUAUACAAUUUAUUUAAACAAUUAUUUCAAUUGUUUGAUCAAUAAAUAUUUUGUUUCAUAUACCAAUUCAAAUUAUAUGAAUAGUGUACAUAAUGUAAUUUAUUGUACAAUUUUCAUUGUCUUAAAUAAACUAUGCUGAAUUUUUUAGAUGGUUUGAGUCACAUCGUAUAUGGAUUUCCGCCUUGAUUGUUGAUGAAGUAUGUGAUUGUCCAAGUCAUUGGCGUAGUGAAAAAUUAUUAGACAAAUGGUUGGCUGAAAGUGGAAUUCCUGCCAUUUGUGGAGUAGAUACGCGUGCACUGACAAAGCAUAUUAGAGAAAGUGGGACACUUCUUGGAAAAAUUGUAAACAAAGACAAAAAUAUUGAUAAAAGUUUUAAAACUGUAGUUAAUCCAAACAAGAUUAACUUGAUCAAAGACGUUUCAAUUUCAGUUAGUAAAUUUUGUGAUAUUUCUUUCUAGUUCUGUUUAAAUAAAAAAAAAAAAAUGAAAUGUAUUUCAAAUGUACUUGAAUACAUACUAUGAAUACAUUUCAUAUAAAAUAAUAGAAUAAAUUGUUUUUAAAAAUUUAAAUGUCAAUUAUCUAGAUGCCCAAAACAUACAAUGAGCAUGGUUCACCUAGAAUUAGAUUUCUGGAUUGUGGUUCAAAAUUUAAUCAAAUCAGAUGCUUCGUAAAUCGGAGUGCCCGAGUUGACAUUGUGCCAUGGAAUUACCCUUUAGAUGAUACUGAUAAUUAUGAUGGUUUAUUUCUUAGUAAUGGUCCUGGAAAUCCUGAAAUAAAUAAAGAAACCAUUUUAAACAUACAGAAUGUAAUCAAAAAAACCUCAAAUGUUAAGCCAAUAUUUGGAAUUUGUCUUGGACACCAAUUGCUUGCCUUGGCAGCUGGAUGUAAAACUUAUAAAAUGAAGUUUGUUUUUUUUUUUUCUUAAUCAAAAUAGAUAUAUAUUAUUAUUAUUAUUAUUAUUAUUUUAGAUUUGGAAACAGAGGUCAAAAUCAGCCUUGUGUAUUUGGAAAGACUGGUAAAUGCUACAUGACAUCACAAAAUCACGGGUAUGCUGUAGAUCCCAAUGUAUCUGAUUGGACACCGUUAUUUACAAAUGUCAAUGAUAAAUCUAAUGAAGGAAUCAUCCAUAAUACAUUACCAUUCUUCAGGUAUUAAUCAAUUGUAUUAUAUUGAUGACUAUAAUUACAAUUAUAUUUAUAGUAAUUUAUAUCAUGGUUGUAUUUAUUCAAUAGUGUCCAAUUUCAUCCAGAAGGAUGCCCUGGGCCUGAAGAUUUAGAAUGUUUAUUUGAUGUAUUUUUAGAAGCUAUUGAGAAAACUAAGAACAAUAAUGAAUACAAAUUAAUGGACUUGCUUAAAAAGCAAUUAAACCCAGAAAUCCCUAAAAAGCUAAUAGAUGUUCAAAAGGUUUUAAUCCUCGGUUCGGGUGGACUGUCUAUUGGUCAAGCUGGAGAAUUUGAUUAUUCUGGAUCUCAAGCAAUAAAAGCUUUGCGUGAAGAAAACAUUGUUACCAUACUAAUUAAUCCAAACAUAGCAACAGUACAAACAUCUCUUGGUCUAGCCAACAAAGUAUACUUUUUGCCUUUAGAAUUAGAUUUUGUUAUACAAGUUAUUCAAUCUGAAAGGCCAGAUGGUAUAUUAUUGACAUUCGGGGGACAGACUGCACUCAAUUGCGGAAUCGAGUUGAAGAAAUCCGGCAUAUUUGAAAAAUACAACAUCAAAGUGUUGGGAACGCCAAUUGACACAAUUAUAGCUACAGAAGAUCGCAAACAGUUUUCUGAUAAAGUCAUGGAAAUUGGUGAACGUGUUGCUCCUAGUGCUGUCGUUACAUCAUUUAAAGAAGUAUAAUAACAUUUUACCAUUUACUGACUAAUGUACCAUUUACUAUUGAAACUAAUUAACAAUGAUGUAAAUUUUAGGCUUUGGAAGCAGUUACAAUUUUAGGAUAUCCACUUCUUGUGAGAAGUGCUUUCAGCUUAGGCGGUUUGGGUUCUGGGUUUGCAAACAAUGAAUUAGAAUUACAUGUAUUAACAAAACAAUGUUUUACCAAUAGUACUCAAAUGAUUUUAGACAAAUCGUUAAAAGGAUGGAAAGAAGUAGAAUAUGAAGUAGUAAGAGAUGCAUACGAUAAUUGCAUAACAGUAAGUCUUAUAUAAUAGUUAUUUAUUAUUUAUUAAAUAAUUUAUGUUUAUUUAAUAAUUUUAGGUAUGUAACAUGGAAAAUGUUGACCCAUUGGGAAUCCACACAGGUGAAUCUAUUGUCGUAGCUCCUAGUCAAACGUUGUCUAAUUCUGAGUACAAUAAAUUAAGAACGACGGCAAUUAAAGUUGUACGGCAUCUCGGAGUUAUAGGUGAAUGUAACAUACAAUAUGCAUUGAGUACAACAAGUGAUGAAUUUUAUAUUAUAGAAGUAAAUUAUUUCAGUUAAAUUUCAUAUCUUGAUAAUUAAAUAUUUAAUUGUAAAUUGUCGGUUUAAAGGUAAAUGCUCGGCUUUCACGAAGUUCAGCUUUAGCCAGCAAAGCGACUGGAUAUCCAUUGGCUUAUGUGGCUGCUAAACUUUCACUGGGAAUUGCUUUACCCGAUAUAAUAAAUUCUGUGACAUCAAGUACUACUGCAUGUUUUGAACCUAGCUUAGAUUAUUGUGUUGUAAAAAUGCCUCGUUGGGAUCUCAGUAAAUUUUUCCGAGCUAGUACUAUGGUAUAUUAUUGAUAAAACCAUAUUAAGUAAUAUUGUGAUGUGGUCAAUUUAAAGUUUUUUUUUCUUUUUAUAAGAUUGGUAGUUCCAUGAAAAGUGUUGGUGAAGUGAUGUCUGUUGGAAGAAAUUUUGAAGAAGCUUUCCAAAAAGCUUUUCGUAUGGUAGAUGAAAAUUUUAUUGGCUUUGAUCCAUCGUUAAAAGCUGUGAAUGAAACAGAGUUAGAACAACCAACUGAUAAACGAAUAUUUGUUUUAGCAGCUGCUUUAAAGCAGGGUUAUUCAGUGGACAAAUUAAAUGAAUUAACAAAAAUAGAUCGUUGGUUUUUAUACAAGAUGCAAAAUAUUAUAAAGCACCAAAUUGUGUUGGAAUCUUACAAUUAUCCAUCUGUCCCCUAUGAACAGCUUUUGAAAGCUAAACGUCUAGGGUUUUCUGAUAAACAAAUUGCGUCUCUUGUUCAAAGUACAGAGUUGGUCAUACGGAAAAAACGAGAAGAACAAGGAAUAACACCAUUUGUGAAACAAAUAGAUACGGUUUCAGCUGAAUACCCCGCAGAAACAAAUUAUUUAUAUUUGACUUAUAAUGCGACUAGCAGUGACUUAUUUUUCCCAUCAAAUUAUAUUAUGGUCAUUGGUAAAAAUUAUAACUACAAAUUUUUUUCACAAUUGUAUUUUGAUAUAAAUUUUUUUUUUUAUGUUUAGGUUCGGGUGUGUAUCGCAUUGGAAGUUCCGUAGAAUUUGAUUGGUGUGCAGUGGGGUGUCUUAGAGAAUUGAGAAGACUUGGUAAAAAAACAAUCAUGGUCAAUUGUAAUCCAGAAACAGUUAGCACAGAUUAUGAUAUGUGUGAUCGUUUAUACUUUGAAGAAAUAUCGUUUGAGGUAUUUAUAUUAUAUUUUUGAUAGUUAUUAUUAGAGCUCAUAACUCAUCGUAUUUGUAUAUUUAUUUUGCUAGAUCCUAGAAACCAAGUAAGCUAUAUAAUUUUUGUGUUGUGUAUUUCAAAGUUUUGGUACUAUUUUACUCUUUAUUUGACAUAUUUUUACAUUUUUAGUGCUCAUUUAUGCACUAAUAUUAAUUUUUUUCAGACUAUAACAUUAUGUUCACCUAUAAUAAUCUUAGAUUUUGUGUAGAGCAAGGGAUGUAUUAAUUUUACAAUGAUGUUUAUUUUUAUAGCAGUGAACAAUUUUUCUAUCAGCAAUUUUUCUCUGCUUUUCAAGUAAAGCACUUUUUCUAAAAGGUAAUCUUAUUGGGGUAGUACAUUUAGAAGGUUAUUUCAUUUUCCCAGGAGUUUUCAUAAUAAUUGGAAUAAAACUUAAAAAAAACUGGACAAUUUACGAAAUGUUUUUCAAAUUGUAAAUAUUGUAGCCUUUUAAAACAUAUUUAGCCGAACUCUGCUCAGAAUUGUUUUUUGAUAGUAAAAAUAUACAAUAAAUUCCCCUCUAUAUCCUCCCUUCCCUACUUCUCAUCUACAAUAGUGGCCCACCCAUCGUGCGACUUAUGUCUGUAUCUUUUUUUAUAGCUAUAAGUUAUCAAUUACUAAUAAUUACUAUACUUAUUAUAUGAUUAUUACUUUUUCCUAAGGUGGUUAUGGAUAUUUACAAUUUGGAAAAUCCUGAAGGAGUGGUUUUGUGUAUGGGGGGGCAAUUGCCUAAUAAUAUUGCCAUGGAUUUACACAGACAGAACGCUCGUAUAUUGGGAACUUCGCCGGAAAAUGUAGAUGGAGCGGAGAAUCGAUUCAAAUUCUCGAGGAUGUUAGACAGAAUCAAGAUAUUACAGCCCAGGUUUUUAUAACUAAAAGUUAUAAAAUAAUCAAUACAUAAUAUCAUUUUUGAUAAUUUUUUUACUUGAUAUUUUCAGGUGGAAAGAGCUUACAGAUUUAAAAUCCGCUAUAGAAUUUUGUCAGGAAGUAGGAUAUCCGUGUUUAGUUAGACCAUCAUAUGUUUUGAGUGGUGCAGCAAUGAAUGUAGCGCACAACGAUGGAGAUUUGGAGGCGUAUUUAAAAUCAGCUAGUGAUGUAUCGAAAGAACAUCCUGUGGUAAUAUCCAAAUUCCUCGAAGACGCCAAAGAAAUAGAUGUGGACGCUGUAGCUAAGGAUGGUGAAAUCUUAUGUAUGGCCGUUAGUGAACAUGUUGAAAACGCUGGUGUGCAUUCUGGAGAUGCUACGUUGGUCACACCACCACAAGAUAUAAAUGAAGAAACAUUGGAAAAGAUUAAAUUUAUAUGUCGGGCUAUUGCUUCAUCAUUAAAUGUAAACGGACCGCUAAACAUGCAACUUAUUGCCAAAAACAACGAACUCAAAGUAAUCGAGUGCAAUGUACGAGUAUCUAGAUCAUUCCCAUUUGUUUCUAAAACCUUAGGACAUGAUUUUGUUGCAAUGGCUACACGAGUGAUUAUUGGAGAACAAGUAGAACCUGUAGACGUUUUAUGCGGUGUUGAAGGGAGAGUUGGAGUUAAAGUAGCUGUAUUUUCAUUUUCUCGGUUAGCAGGUAAACAAUUGUGAUAUAAUUUUACUAUAAAUGUGUGUUUAUGUAUUUAAUAUGUAAAUUUAGGAGCUGAUGUCAUGUUGGGAGUGGAAAUGUCAUCUACUGGUGAAGUAGCUUGUUUCGGAGAGAAUCGCUAUGAAGCAUACUUAAAAGCUAUGAUAAGUUCAGGAAUGCAGCUGCCUCAACCUGGAGCCAACAUUUUUCUAUCAAUUGGAAAAAUUAAAGUGAUAUUUGGAUAAAUAAUAUUGUUCAUAAAAAUUUAAAAAUGAAAUGUAAUUUUAGCAUAAAGAAGAAUUACUCGAUAGUGUUAAAGCAUUGCAGAAAAUGGGCUAUAAAUUGUUUGGAAGCAGUGGCACAGCUGAUUAUUAUAAUUAUAACACAAAAGGAGUUACUGUAAGAUUAUAAAUGUAUUAUUUACUACUUAAGCACAGUAAUAAAGUAAUUUUUUUAUAGGUGACCCCAUGUGAUUGGAGAUUCGAUAACAUUGGUAUAAACACAACAAGAGGUGACCUGAUCAGUAUGGCAGAGUAUUUGAGUAAUAAAAAUUUUGAUUUUGUUAUAAAUGCGCCUAUGAUGGUCAGUGGAGCAAACAGAGUCGCUUCGUUCCUCACUCCUGGUUAUCGUAUGCGUAGAUUAGCCGUUGAGCAUUCUGUUCCAUUGGUGACUGAUGUUAAAUGUGCUAAACUUCUAAUUGAAGUAUAUAUUUACUACUUUAUUUCUUUUCGACCUUAUUUGUUGUGCGAUAGAAAAUAUAUUAUUUUACAUUUUUAGGCAAUAGUUAGAAAAGGGUGCAACCCACAAAUGAAAACCCAUAUAGAUUGUAUAUGCUCUCAAAGAUUAUUGAAGUUGCCUGGCUUAAUUGAUAUCCACGUGCAUGUACGUGAACCGGGUGCUACACACAAAGAAGAUUUUGCAUCGUGUACAGCCGCAGCAUUGGCUGGAGGUAUUACAUUAAUCGGUGCUAUGCCUAAUACCAAUCCUUCUAUAGUAGACCAAAAUGCUUAUGAUUUGGCCAAAACGGUAACACACAUUUUUAGUGUUUGUUAAUACUUAUAAUAGUUUAAUAUUAAUUGAUUAUUUAAAUUGACAGUGUGCAAAAAAUGGAGCCAGGUGCGACUAUGUUCUGUUUGCAGGCGCAUCUAUGACCAAUAGUAUUAAUAUUGCUAAAAACGCCAAUCAAUUUGCUGGUCUCAAAAUGUACCUUAACCAAACAUUUAGUACAUUGCGCUUAACAAAUCUAUCUUCAUGGAUAUCGGUUUGUAGAAUUUAGUAAAUAAUCAAAUAACUGUUAAAGUAUCAAUUAAUAAUAUUGUUAUUAGCAUUUUGAUAACUGGCCAAAAACUGCACCUUUAUGUAUACACGCUGAAGAUCAAAAUUGUGCAGCGGUGCUCAUGUUGGCUUUGCUCUACAAUCGCUCGGUGCAUAUUUGUCAUGUAGCUCGUAAAUCGGAAAUAACUAUUAUUAAAGCUGCUAAAGAGAAGGUAUUGUCACCUAAAUAUAAUUAAAUAUAGUACCUAGGUAGAUAUUUUUUAAUUUUUAGGGUGUGAUGGUAACAUGUGAAGUAGCUCCACAUCAUUUAUUUAUGUGCGACGAAGACUUUGUGCAUCUUGGACCAAACAAAUCAGAAGUGCGUCCUGUACUUUGUACCAAAGAAGAUCAACAAGCACUCUGGGAUAAUAUGGCGUAUAUUGAUUGCAUAGCUACUGAUCACGGUAACACUUAUAUUAAAAUAACUAAAUUAGGUAUUCUAAAAUACUCUAAUAUUGAAUGUUUUUUUUUUUUACAGCUCCUCAUACAUUGGACGAGAAACUUAGUGAUGCAGCUCCACCUGGUUUUCCAGGCCUUGAGACGGUUCUACCAUUGUUGUUAAACGCAGUAAAUGAAGGACGUUUGUCCAUCAAGGUACAUUAAGUUUUAUUUUAUUUGUAUUAUGUUUAUUAAAAAUUUGGGAAGGUUAUUCAUAAAUACGUCAUAGGAUAAUAAGGACGAGUGCAACCAUUAUUCUAGGUCAUUUUAUGUAUAUCUGUUAGUAGUGAUUAACCAUUGCCAAAGAAAAAACGAUUCUAAACGGAGUUCAGUUGGUAGUGAUGUUUUGUUAACAAUAUAUAUGUUAUAUUAUAGUAAAAUAAUUAAAUAGGCAAUAAAUGGUAAUAAUUAAAUAAUUAUAUUUUAUCUUUAAUAUUAUUUUUUUUUUUUAACUUACCAAUUUUUUCCCAUUUGCUGAGAAAAUCAAAAAAUUAACUCCCUAAAGUACUUCCCCAGUCAAAUUUCUUUUAGAAACAUUGCUAUCAUUAAAAAUUGGAGCAAAAUUGCUUGUAGAAAAGUUGUCUACAAAAAAAAAAAAAAACAUCUUUGUAAAACCAUAUGCUUCUUCGCUUCACUCAGAACCCAAAAUUAGAAAGAUCAUUAAAAUAUAUUGAUUAAUAAAAUUAAAUUCUGAUUAAAAUAUUUGUUUUUAUAUUUAACUCAAUCAUAAGAUUGGUAACUGUGUAUUUAUGAUUUUCAUCUCUAUGCGUAGUAUAGUAAAAUAUGAGCACAAGAGUACAUAAGAGUACAUCACCAUCUUCCACACCGUUAUACCUGGUAGCAGCACGGCUUUAGAUAUUGAUAUUCAAUGAAUGUCAUAUAAUUUUUUGUAUUUACAUUUAUUGAAAAUAUUUUUAACUGUGUUAUCAAUAUGUAUAAGAUGCCCAACUAAAAUAUAAUCUUUGUAAUAUCUCAGAAUGUAUUAAUUUUUUUCACCCUUAUUUUGGGGAUGGAUUGACUACAUUCUUUCUAUUUUCAAAUAUUAACUAAUAAAACAAAUUCUAUAAAAAUACGGAGUAUUAGUUUAAAUACAUUUUGAUGUUGACAUUUUUGAUUUCCGUCAAUCUACUGAUGAGAUGUUCUACUUUUAAUUUUGUGCAUGGGAAGUGUAGUGGAGCAUAUGUGUGGCAGUACAGCAUUUAAAUAAUAAAUUUGAAUAAUAUAAACAUGGGCUGUUUGUUUGUGCAAUAUAACUCCCCAACAACUCCAUUGAGGUAUAUGGUUAAAGUUUUAUAAAUUGAUGUAAUUCAGUUUAACCCAAUUUUAUUCUCCUUCCCUUUUUUGCUAUAAAAUGCAUAUAAAUUUAAGAAAUAUACUGACAUAUUAUAAAUAUUUGUAUAAUUACAGGAUAUUGUUGAAAAAAUGUAUACAAAUCCCAUGCGAAUUCUUGGAUUGCCCGUUCAGCCAGAAACAUACAUUGAAGUCGAUAUGGAUACCGAAUGGACAAUCCCGUCAUCAACAACUUAUUCUAAAGCCAAAUGGACACCGUUUGCUGGAAAACAAGUUAAAGGCUCAAUUCAUAGAGUUGUUUUGCGCGGUCAAGUGGUUUGUAUUGAAGGAAAAGUGCUAGCUGAGCCUGGUUUUGGGCAUGAUCUACGUGAUCCAACAUUGGGUGGAAAGACUCAUGCUCAUGCCGGAUCUCAGGCUACUUUAAGUAUUUCAGCACCUAUUGCAAUACAAACCGAUGUCCAUGGUAAUAUCAAAAAUAAUAUUUCCAUUUGUAUAUACUAUAUAUAUAUAUAUAUGUUUAAAGAAAAAAUAUAUUUUUCAGAUUUGUUUAGUAAUGUUUUAUCAGAAAUACGAGAAAAAGUGGUACAAGAAAUUGAAAGUGUGACUGGGGUAAAAGCAGAAUUCAAGAAGCCGCAUUUUGACUCAAAAGAUACUUGUAUUUUAACCAUGCACAAAGAAACGGUACUAUCACCAAGCAAGAAUCAAAACCACGUAUCUGAUGAUAUCAUGAAUUUAUUGACGCCGAUUCCUACGCAUGGCCUAGCACACAGUCAUAUAUUGUCUGUUGAUAUGUUCUCGAAAGAACAAUUAAAUGAUAUAUUCAACUUAGCACAAUCAUUAAAAGUUUUCGUCAUCAAGGGACGUCCCUUGGACAACAUUCUUAGAGUUAGUAUACACUGUAUAACACUAUGUUCCAGUUGUAUUUUGUUAAUUAAUACCUGUAUUUUUAUUAGGGAAAGGUCAUGGCCCUGAUAUUUUAUGAAGUCAGUACCAGAACAAGUUGCAGUUUUUCAGUGGCCAUGCAAAGAUUAGGUGGACGAGUAGUGCACGUCGACGAAACUAGUAGCUCAGUGCAAAAAGGAGAGUCUCUUGAAGGUGAUUAAUAAUAUUGAAACCCAUAGCUCAAUAUAUUUGUAACCAUGAUUCAAACCAAUGUCAUCUAUAUUCUUUAAUACUUUUAAAUUUUACUUUAGACACUGUUGAAGUUAUGAGUGGCUAUGUGGACGUAAUUGUUAUGCGACAUCCAGAACCUGGUGCAGUUAGGGUAAGAUAUUUGGUAUUUGUAUAUAAUUAUUAUUAUCCAAAAUGGUUUGCCUUUGUGUAUUUGUGUAGACUGCUGCUAGGCAUUGUCGUAAGCCUAUGUUGAACGCUGGAGACGGAACGGGAGAACAUCCUACGCAAGCGUUACUAGAUAUAUUUACGAUCAGAGAAGAAAUUGGUACUGUCAAUGGCCUGACUAUUACAUUAGUCGGCGAUCUUAAAAAUGGCAGAACUGUACAUUCCCUUGCUAGGUAAAUAAUAUUGAAAUGACUCAUACAUUUGUCUGAUUUUAUCUUUUACCCAAUAAACCCUAUUUUCCAUUUAGGUUGUUGACUCUAUAUAAAGUAAAUUUACGGUACGUGAGUCCUCCAAACCUGGGAAUGCCUACAUCUGUAAUCCAGUUUGUCGCUGCUCAGGGUGUUCCACAAGAAAACUUUUCUUCUCUCGAAGAAGCUCUACCCAAGACUGAUGUACUAUACAUGACACGCAUACAGCGAGAAAGAUUCCCUGACGAUAGUAGCUACCAAAAUGCAUGUGGCCUGUUUGUGGUCACUCCUGAAGUGAUGAACAAAGCAAAACGCAAGAUGAUUGUCAUGCACCCAUUGCCCAGAGUUUUCGAAAUCAGUCCAGAAUUCGAUUCAGAUCCUAGAGCCGCAUACUUUAGACAAGCCGAGUAUGGUAUGUAUGUAAGAAUGGCCUUGUUGGCUAUGGUACUAGGAAAAUGUUAAAUUUCCAGCAUAAAAAACUAGUUUUUACACAAUUAUUUUAGAAAUAAAUAAAAUUAUGAUCUGUCAAUUAAUUAUGUGGUAAGUUUUUAUUAUUUAUACAAUUUUUCAAUUUUACAAUAUUUUUAUUUUUAUAUAGUUCUAUAUAAAAUAUAUUUUAAAUUAAUUAUUAAUGUGUUAUUGACAAAUAAAUUAAGUAUUAUUUUUAAAUGUGCGAAACAAAAUAAAAGACAAUAAGCUAUUCUAUAAUAUCUAAUAUCUAUUAUAAGCUUUAUUAUUAACAUUUUUUUAUUAUUAUUAUUGGAAUUAAAUAUGUUAUAUUAACUUGAAUAUUUUGUUUAUUUUCAAUGAAUUGACAUAUUAGUGUAAAAUAAUAUGUAUUUAUGUACUCAGACGUAUCAAUACCACUUUGUCUCUGUGGAUUUUGAAGUGUAUAGUUGAAUUUUAAAAUCAUUUAAUCAUAAAUACUAUGAUGCAAAAACUGUAUUGUAUUUACGUGAAAUCGCUAGAAAGUGUACAUCACAUACGGUACAUCGCGACCUGACACAUGAAUGCCAUCACGGAAAUUACCAAUUGUCGUUAGAGCGAUAUGAUGGUUAGGUACUCGUAGUAAAAAAAAAAAGGUGACAUUUAUCAUUUUUGACUGGAAAAUACGAUGUAUAUUAAUAUGGUCAGUUUAUAUAAAAAAAAAAUAGUAAUAAUGUAUGAUGGCAGCACGAUUGCCGGGACCCUGAAUACACGCGCUUCAUACAAAACGGCCAUUUAUCGUAUUAACAAUAAAUAACGUUAUCCGCAACAUCAACGGUGAUUUUCUCACGGGUAUAAGUUGAACCAGACAACUUUGUAGGGGACAACCGUGUGACAAACGGCGGUUAUAACAAGCGGGAAGAAGACAUUGUUGUGGUUUAUAUUAUCGGGCACCUAAUUUUACGGAAGUCCGGCGUUUGCGGAAAACGAUGGGAUGCGAUCGGGCGCGCUCGUGUGCCGUUGACGUUUUACGCGGCGGGACGCCCGUAACACGACGCAAAAAAUAAAAAUGCCACUUGAGGGCGGCACGCAAAACAAAUAAAAUCGCGUUCGGGUCUGAUAGGCACGGACCCCUACUCCCCGAACAGGUCGUCCCGUUCUAUUAUUACUGUUAUUAUUUUAUUUUUAUUUUUCAAGCGCAAAUAACACACCAGCACUGACGCCGACUACGUUAUUAUUUUAUUAUUAUAUUUGUUUUUUUUUUUUUUUUUUUUCCAUUAUUAUUUAUCAUAAUAAUAUGGUAUAACAACGCUAACAAUAAUACAAUGUAAUAAUAAUAAUAAUAAUAAUAAUAAUAAUACAAUAUAUAUAUAUAUAUGUAUAUAUUUGAAGAAGACGUAUAAUUUAUUAAAAUAUAUGUUCGUUUUGUACUUUGUCUAUACCUAAACCAAUAAACAGUCUAACUAUAUUUAUUAUACAAUAAUGAUUUUAUUAUACGCCGACUACGUUAUUAUUUUAUUAUUAUAUUUGUUUUUUUUUUUUUUUUUUUUUUUUUUGCGUUUUUCAAUUUUGUCCUAUUUUUUUUUUUUUUUAUCUUAUACACGUCGUGUUGUUGCGAUGGUAUUCCGCCGUCCCGUGUCGUGUUGGUUGAAAUUCUAUUGUUGUAAUUUUUUUCGAACGCGUACGCCAAGUUCGCCUCUCGGGUGUUGUGACGUGUGUCUGUUGUGCGGCGUCCACGCGACGGGCGACCGGGGCCUCUUCACCAUUGCUGUUGCACCGACAAGGAAACUG